UUUGCUUCUUUGCCUCAGAGUCUCUGCAUUAAGGAGUAACCUCCUAAUACAUUAGAAACACGCAAACAUUUGGAUUAAAGGAACAAAAAAUGUCCGUUUAUGCAUGGGGAGCCAAUUCGCAUGGCCAACUUGGCCUUGGUCAUGAAUCGGAAAUGUGCACAACACCACAAUUAUUAAGGAAAUACUCAUUCACACCGUCCAGUGUGCGAUCCAUACAAGGUGGCGGCGGUCAUGUGCUAGUUUUAGAUGCCUGUGGUCAAGUUCAUGCUUGUGGCUGGAAUAAUCGAGGUCAACUGGGUUUGGAUUUGAUGCGAGAUUGUGUUAGUGAAUUUAAGACAAUACCGGGAAAGUUUUUCGAUGAUGUUGCUGUCGAUGUUAUUGCCUGUGGUUGGGAUAUAUCUGGCUGUAUAACAAUGUCGCGUAAACUAUAUGUUUGGGGUUCCAAUGCCUUCCAGCAGUUGGGUAUUUGUCAACGUGGUUUCACUUCUAUACGCAAACCGUUUCACAUGCAAUUGCCUCGAAAUGAUAUUCCUGUGCGUGUAACCUUUGGUAUGCGCCACACCGCCGUACUUACAGACGAUUCGAAAAUUUACGUAUAUGGACGUUUGCGAGCUGCUGAUAGUUGCCCUGAAGAAUUAAAUAUUAUAAAAAUUAGUCAAAGUGCCAUGGUUGUAAAACUUUUACCACGACUAAGUUCCGAGCUAAGAAUUCAAAAUAUUUCGAGUGGUCAGAAUCAUUUAAUGAUGCAUUUGGCACCGACCGAAGAUCAACCGGAAAAUAAUGCACCAUCCCGUAGAGUUCUAAUAUUGGGUGAUAAUAAAUUUGGUCAGGCAAAUGCCUUUCAGUUUGAUGAGGAAAUUACACAAAUCGCCACUGGAUGGACUCAUAAUGCGGUCAUGUUAAAGGAUCUACGUAUUAUGAUGUGGGGUCGUAAUUGUUAUGGCCAAUUAGGUUUGGGUUCAUACACCGAAAAUCAUCCGACACCAAUGGAACUGAAGUUGUCACAUGCUAUAUUACCGAAGGAAAUCCAUUUGGGAUCUGAACAUGGUUUAAUAAUGACCAAAGAGGGUGAUGUUCUUACAUGGGGUUGGAAUGAACAUGGUAAUUGUGGCAAUGAUUCGACGCAUAAUCUCUCCAAACCAAGUAUGGUUGAUUUGCCUACCUCUUGUAAAACCGUUGGAACUGGUGCUGGAUUUUGUAUGGUUAUAUGUGAUAGAACUAAUUAAAUUGUUGUAAUUUGUUGUUGUUUUGGAUUAA